UGCGGGUUGGUUUGUUUGCAACAGCAGUGACGGAGGUUGGGAGUCAGUCCGACUGCAGGCGGGGGUGUCUGGAGGCGGAUUCCUCCUCCUUUCGGCACUGGGGGGCGGGGAGGAGGGACGCCGGGCCAGCGGCCUGGGACCAAGCCGCGAAGAUAGAGCGGGUCGAGGAGAUGGAGGGCGACGGGGUGCCGUGGAGGAGCGAGCCUGUCUCGGGUCCCGGCCCCGGCGGCGGCGGAAUGAUCCGGGAGCUGUGCCGGGGCUUCGGCCGCUACCGCCGCUACCUGGGACGGCUGCGGCAGAACCUGCGCGAUACCCAGAAGUUCUUCCGCGACAUCAAGUGCUCCCACAACCACACUUGUCCCUCCUCCCCCACGGGCGGCGGCGGGGCCGAGCGCGGCCCUGCCGGCGAUGUCGCCGAAACCGGGCUGCAGGCGGGCCAGCUGAGCUGCAUUUCCUUCCCGCCUAAUGAAGAGAAGUACCUCCAGCAGAUUGUGGACUGCCUCCCUUGCAUACUGAUCCUCGGCCAGGAUUGUAAUGUCAAGCGCCAGCUGUUGAACCUGCUGUUGGGAGUGCAGGUGCUUCCCACCACCAAGCUGGGCAGUGAGGAGAGCUGUAAGCUUCGGCGCCUCCGCUUCACCUAUGGGACUCAGACUCGGGUCAGCCUGGCGCUCCCUGGACAGUAUGAACUAGUGCAUACGCUGGUUGCUCACCAGGGCAACUGGGAGACCAUCCCUGAGGAGGAUCUGGAAGUCCAAGAGGACAAUGAGGAUGCUGCUCAUGUUUUAGCAGAACUGGAGGUAACGAUGCACCAUGCUCUCUUAAAGGAAGUGGACAUUGUGGUAGCACCAUGCCAAGGCCUCCGGCCCACAGUGGAUGUUCUGGGUGACCUGGUGAAUGAUUUCUUGCCUGUGAUAACCUAUGCACUCCACAAAGAUGAACUUUCUGAGAGGGAUGAGCAAGAGCUUCAGGAAAUCCGAAAGUAUUUCUCCUUUCCUGUAUUCUUUUUCAAAGUGCCAAAACUGGGCUCAGAGAUAAUAGACUCCUCAACCAGGAGAACGGAGAAUGAAAGAUCACCGCUUUAUCACCAGCUAAUUGACCUGGGCUAUCUGAGCAGCAGUCACUGGAACUGUGGGGCUCCUGGCCAGGAUACUAAAGCUCAGAGCAUGUUGGUGGAACAAAGUGAAAAGCUGAGACACUUGAGCACAUUUUCUCACCAGGUGUUACAGACUCGCCUGGUGGAUGCAGCCAAGGCCCUGAACCUGGUGCAUUGCCACUGCCUUGACAUCUUUAUUAACCAGGCAUUUGACAUGCAGCGGGAUCUGCAGAUCACUCCCAAACGUCUAGAAUAUACUCGAAAAAAGGAGAAUGAAUUGUAUGAAUCACUGAUGAAUAUUGCCAACCGAAAGCAGGAGGAAAUGAAGGAUAUGAUUGUUGAGACACUUAAUACCAUGAAGGAGGAACUUCUGGAUGACGCUACUAACAUGGAGUUUAAAGACGUCAUUGUCCCUGAGAAUGGAGAACCAGUAGGCACCAGAGAGAUCAAAUGCUGUAUCCGACAGAUCCAGGAACUCAUCAUCUCCCGACUUAAUCAGGCAGUGGCUAAUAAGCUGAUCAGCUCAGUGGAUUACCUGAGGGAGAGCUUUGUUGGAACCCUGGAACGAUGUCUGCAGAGCCUGGAGAAGUCUCAGGAUGUCUCAGUUCACAUCACCAGUAAUUAUCUCAAACAGAUCUUAAAUGCUGCCUAUCAUGUUGAAGUCACAUUUCACUCAGGGUCAUCUGUUACAAGGAUGCUGUGGGAGCAAAUCAAGCAGAUCAUCCAGCGUAUCACAUGGGUGAGCCCACCUGCCAUCACUCUGGAAUGGAAAAGGAAGGUGGCCCAGGAAGCCAUCGAGAGCCUCAGCGCCUCCAAAUUGGCCAAGAGCAUUUGCAGCCAAUUCCGGACUCGGCUUAACAGUUCCCACGAGGCUUUUGCAGCCUCCUUGCGGCAGCUAGAAGCUGGCCACUCAGGCCGGUUAGAGAAAACUGAAGAUCUAUGGCUGAAGGUUCGGAAAGAUCAUGCCCCCCGCCUGGCCCGCCUUUCUCUGGAAAGCCGUUCUUUACAGGAUGUCUUGCUUCAUCGUAAACCUAAACUGGGACAGGAACUGGGCCGGGGCCAGUAUGGUGUGGUGUACCUGUGCGACAACUGGGGAGGACACUUCCCUUGUGCCCUCAAAUCAGUUGUCCCUCCAGAUGAGAAGCACUGGAAUGAUCUGGCUUUGGAGUUUCACUACAUGAGGUCUCUGCCGAAGCAUGAGCGAUUGGUGGAUCUCCAUGGCUCAGUCAUCGACUACAACUAUGGUGGUGGCUCCAGCAUUGCUGUGCUUCUCAUUAUGGAGCGGCUCCACCGGGACCUCUACACAGGGCUAAAGGCUGGGCUGACCCUGGAGACACGGUUGCAGAUAGCACUAGAUGUGGUGGAGGGAAUCCGCUUCCUGCACAGCCAGGGACUUGUCCAUCGUGAUAUCAAACUGAAAAAUGUGCUGCUGGACAAGCAGAACCGUGCCAAGAUCACUGACUUAGGAUUCUGCAAGCCAGAGGCCAUGAUGUCAGGCAGCAUUGUGGGGACACCGAUCCAUAUGGCCCCUGAACUUUUCACAGGGAAGUACGAUAAUUCCGUGGAUGUCUACGCUUUUGGAAUUCUUUUCUGGUAUAUCUGCUCAGGCUCUGUCAAGCUCCCUGAGGCAUUUGAGAGGUGUGCUAGCAAAGACCAUCUCUGGAACAAUGUGCGGAGGGGGGCUCGCCCAGAACGUCUUCCUGUGUUUGAUGAGGAGUGCUGGCAGUUGAUGGAAGCCUGCUGGGAUGGCGACCCCUUGAAGAGGCCUCUCUUGGGCAUUGUCCAGCCUAUGCUCCAGGGCAUCAUGGACAGACUCUGCAAAUCCAAUUCUGAGCAGCCAAACAGAGGACUAGAUGAUUCUACUUGAAAGCAAAGACCUUUCUCUUUCACUUUCUCUUUCUUUCCUUCCCCCUCACCUUUUGGCCAUGGGGAGAAUUUGACAUUUAUUCACUAUAGGACACACUCCCAAGGGAACUGGUGCUUGCUGGGAAACUUGAAACCUUCCCAGGCAGGGAUGACUCCUGGACAGUGAAGAUUUGGAUGACUGAGCACAUUCAGCAGCUCACUGAAGCCCCAAGCUAUCCCUUUAGCAAAAAAGUAUCUAAGAUGUGUAAAAGCCGAGGAAUGUGAUGUUCUGGCCUCACAAAGGAAAAGGAGGCAGAUGUUACCAUGGUCUAUUCACUGUCUGUGCUUCUAAGACAACAAGCGGGACACUGCAGUGGCAGUAGUGUUUCAAAAGUCUCAUUCUCAUGAUUUGUGGCUCUAGCUAGGAAUAGUUUAGUCAGGACUCAGAAAAUUUGAGCUUAGUUCUGGGAUUAUGAAAACGUAGGGAUAAAAACAAUAACUUGUGGAUGUCUGGAUUCUGCUGCCCGCAGCCAGGGAUCUCAGGUUGCCAUGGUCAGAAGCCCCAGUGAGGGAGCUAGAAACAGAGCUAUCUGUUCCUCAUACUGCCAGUGUGUUUACAUUUAUAGGACCACAUAUCCCUGGUUUCUGGGGGAGGGUUUCACUGUUACAUCACCAAGACGCCCUGAAAAGAGAGAGAGAGAAAACCAGGAGCGGUGGCUCAUGCCUGUAAUCCCGUCACUUUGGGAGGCUGAGGUGGGCAGAUCAAGAGAUCAGUAGUUCAAGGCCAGCCUGGCCAAUAUGGUGAAACUCCGUCUCUACUAAAGAUACAAAAACUAGCCGGGCAGGGUGGUGGGUGCCUGUAGUGCCAGGUACUCAGGAGACUGAGGCAGGAGAAUCGCUUGAACCUGGGAGGCAGAGGUUGCAGUGACCCAAGAUCAUGCCAUUGCACUCCAGCCUGGGCAACAGGGUAAGACUCCGUCUCAAAAAAAAAAAGGGUGUGCCUAUGUGUUUGUGUAUAUGUAUAUGCACAUGUAUGUGUUUAUAUGUCUAUAUAUAUAUAGACACACACACAGAAGUUACUGGAUUUGGAGUUACUGCUAACCCCAGAACAGAAUCUGUCCUUUUACCUUUGGGUCUUUUUUUUUUGUUUACCUCUUUUCAUCUCAAAGUGGGAAAGCUCCAGAUAACAUGGUACUUAGGAGUGAGUGUCUGAGUAAAACCAACCCAAUGAGAAGUAUUUGGGUGAGACCUGAGAGGUGGGAGAUGAUUGGAGGCCAUGGCCUGCGUACAAACAUACUGGAAGAAAACCAGCUUGUUUUCAAAACUUAACACAAUCAGAAACUUUUUGUGUUUGAAUCUAACACACUGACGUUUUAAAAACUUGAUUAAUGAGCUUUUUAACCAAGGUUUCUCCUGCAAUUUGUUCCUUCUUUUUACCUUAUUUUAAAUAUGAUCUGUUAGAAGAAAAGAACCAGAAGCAAGAGAAAAGCCCUUCUCUAGUAGUUCUUUGUGCGUGCACCUCACCCCUGUGUGCCAGUGUCUGGGAAGCUUCCCUGAAAGGUGGGAGGCAGGUUGGUGGUCUUUUGGAGAGUUCCUCAUGAAGUGUGCUUGAGGAGAGAAAUUCUGAUUCUAGGCAGAGGAAGAGGAACAAUUUAAAUACUGGUGCAUUUCAGAUGCACUUCACUUCAAGCCUUCCUCAGCCAAACUGGUUCAUUAAAUUCAGAAAAACAGGUAGACAAAGGAGUAGACAGUGGAAGUGAGUAGCCUCCCUCCAUCUGCCUAAUCCCUAAUAACUGUGGUCUGGCCCCUACGUCCAGUCGCAGAGUUUGUAAAACAGGUCCCUGGGUGGGUAUAUAGGAUGAGUUGCAAAUUAGCCAGGCAUGAUGGCACAUGCCUGUAGUCCCAGCUACUUGGGAAUCUGAGGCAGGAGAAUCACUUGAACCUGGGAGGUGGAGAUUGUAGUGAGCCGAGAUCACGCCACUGCACUCUAGGAUUGUCUGUGACAGAAUGACCAUCUUUUAAAUAUUAAUGGAGUAUAAAUGGGAUCUUUCAUAGAACUUUUAACUCUUUGGCUAUCCUGGGCUUGGAUCAUAUGUUUGAGCAUAGUAGCUCCCUAAGCUCUUGCAGCCUUUCAGAAACCCCAGGUAGUGCUAAUAACCUUUUUACCUGCAAAUGAUAAAGUAACUGGCCUAGUGUCUUUGGGCUCUAUAGGCUUUAGCCUUGUUUUGGUAGGAUGUUCAGUAUAUUCUUAGAAUUCUGACCACCUAUUUAGCGAUACUUAAAGCACUCUAUUCUCAGCACUAACUCGCUGUCCUUCUGGGAAUGAUGGUGGGGCUUCCAGGAAGUCAGGUGUCAAGAAAGGAGGGGUAAGUACUCUCCACUUGCUGGAAAAUCAUUGUAAGUCUGUUGUGUAUGAAAUUUUAGGAAAAGUCUUAUAUAGUUCCCUUUCCAGACUGUCUUCUUUUGACUCAAGCUAAGUCUGUGCUUCCAUUCUGAAAGUCACAUUCCUAGCAUUCUUUGGAAGUCUUAGCUCAUACUCCCAUUCACAUAUGGGAGGUUAGAUGUGUUUUCCCUUACCCGGUGUCCCUUUUCAGUUUACCCCAUGGCUUAGUCUGCUAUCAGAUACCAGUUCUCUAGCAGAUUCUCCAAUAGUUUUUUUCCCCAAUGGGGAGGGUGGAAGGGAGGGACUCAUGUAAAUAAGGAGAUGAGUAGUUGUGUUACAGUUCAUUUUCUUAUUAAAAAAAAGUAUUUUGAGAAGAGGUGCAAAAUAUUCUUGAAAGUCCCUAGGCCAGCCAAAGUCUACAUAUGGAUGUUUGGGGAUGUUAUUUAAAUACUCAGCAGGCUGAGUGCAGGUAUGCGUGUGUAUAGCGUGUGAAUACUUUGCUUUUGUUUUGUCAGCUAAUCUUGGCUUCUUUGUUCCUUGGCAUCCAUUCUUAUGAGUGAUGGGAUGCCAUGAAAUGUACUGUAUUGUUAUUACUUGGGCAGACACUAGGUUUUCAAAGAAGUCUGGCAGCACUUGGGCUAUAGAGGGCUCGGCAUGACCAAAGUCAAAGGUUUUACCUCCCACCUUUGGCUGUACAUGUUCCCAAGUGGUGAGGUGAGACUGUGGCUGGAGGAGGAGAAAGGAUGGCAUGAAAGAAUGACCCUUACUGUGUUCUGUCCUUCUAAUCAACAUAAUUAGGGCAGUUUACCCCAGCUUGAAAAUGAUGACCUGGCCAUAUUUAAUGGCCACAGCUUGAAGUCUGGUCACUCAUUUCACUACAGAACUGAGUGAGGGGCCUUCCUGCAGAGCAGUCAGGAGAAAUCAUGGAGCCUGGGGCCCUGGAAUGGCUGACCCUGUGCCUUGAGAGCAGAUGGCAAGGGCAGUCUGGCACGGCUCAUUUGGGUGGGGUUUCCACAGGCAUACCUUAAUUCCUUGAUCCUCUGCAAAGAGUAGCUCACUGGUUGAGCAAGCCCUUCGCAGGAGGACUGUGCUGGUUGUUCCAGACCAAAGAGAGUCACUUUUGACUCCAUCUACUUCAAGGGGACAGAGCCUAGGCAGCAGCUUCUCCUAAUUUUUAACACUAAAAUUCAAAGAAGCAGUAGAGGAAAGAAUGCAUUGCUACCACAGAUAGAAAUAGGGGACUUGUAGAGCUUUCAGCUAGUAACCGUCAGCUCUCAAAUGCAUUUUUGUGUCUCUGCUUGAGCUGCCAAAGAAGGGUCACAAAGCGUUCUUCCUGAUGGAAGAAGUGCCUCGGGGUUGCAGGGCUGCAAAGCGACAACUGCACUGAAUGACACUUUACUUUUUGUCUUUGGCUUAUUAGGUAGCACUGGGAGGCCCAGGAGAAUUGGUGAUUACAGUAGCACUUUGGGAAUUAAGGCCUCCUUUGGCUUUGCUUUGGAGAGAUGAUGAUAUGCUUGGUUUUCCAUUUGGAUAAUCAGGAAACCUCCCUAGUCCAUCCAUAUUGCAUCAAAGUGGGAUUACAACCCUGGAAGAGUCCACUGCCAGAAGAGUAGUUGCUUUCCUUGAGUUUCCAAAGCUUUUAGAUUUUCUGGAUCAAGUAACCCACUUUUUAAAACCAGAGAUCAGGAGUUCGAGACCAGCCUGGCCAACAUGGUGAGACCCCAUCUCUAUUAAAAAUACAAAAAAUUAGCCAGGCGUGGUGGUGGGCACCUGUAGUCCCAGCUACUUGGGAAGCUGAGACAGGAGAAUUGCUUGAACCCAGGAGGCGGAGGCUGCAGUGAGCCAAGAUUGCACCCCUGCACUCACAGCCUGGGCAGCAGAGUAAGACUCCGUCUCAAAA